UGUACUAUGGCGAUGCGACACAUACCUUAGCAAAAUGACGUGAAUUUAUAAUCUAAACUGUGUUAAUUAUGGAUACUAAGCCAAUUUACUCUCCUGAUAUUUAUUUGGCACACUGAGAUGGUUGGACACAAUGGGUUAAGUGACAUCUGUCUGGUGGAAAGCCCAGCGUGGGGAGGCAGAGGACUGCCCUCAGCAUGACCACUGAAGACUUGCUACAGCCAAACCAGGUCGUCAAGGACCGAUGGAAAGUCACAAAGAAGAUUGGCGGUGGUGGUUUUGGGGAAAUUUACGAGGCGUCAGACAUGGUUACGAAAGAAGCAGUGGCUCUGAAGCUGGAGUCUGCCAAGCAGCCAAAGCAGGUGCUCAAGAUGGAGGUGGCUGUACUCAAGAAGCUGCAAGGUCGUGAUCAUGUCUGUCGCUUCAUCGGCUGUGGUCGAAAUGAAAGGUACAACUACGUGGUGAUGUCCCUACAAGGCAAGAACCUGGCCGAGUUGAGACGCAGUCAGCCACGAGGUUGUUUUUCCCUGAGCACCACACUGAGACUGGGGGCACAGAUUCUGAAGGCCAUUGAGUCCAUCCAUGAAGUGGGCUUCCUCCACAGAGAUAUUAAACCAUCCAACUUCUCCAUGGGUAAAUCUGCAAACCACUGCCGCAAGGUGUAUAUGUUGGACUUUGGCCUAGCCCGUCAGUACACGACUGCUACAGGGGAGGUUCGACCACCACGAGCUGCAGCUGGCUUCCGGGGCACAGUCAGAUAUGCCUCUGUCAAUGCUCACAAGAAUAAGGAGAUGGGUCGUCAUGACGACCUGUGGUCUCUGUUCUACAUGCUGGUUGAGUUUGUGGUGGGUCAGCUUCCCUGGAGAAAGAUUAAGGACAAGGAACAAGUGGGCACAAUGAAAGAAAAAUACGAUCACACCUUGCUGCUGAAAAACAUGCCUUCAGAGUUUCGCACCUUCCUCGACCACAUUCAGUCACUGGACUACUACGACAAGCCUGACUAUGCUCUCCUGCACAACCUGUUCGAACAGUGUAUACGACGCAAGUCCAUCAAGGAAGCAGAUCAUUAUGAUUGGGAGAAGCCCUUUGUUGAUAUGUCAGUCGCGACCACUACCUCGCAGCCAGUUGCCAUCAAACAGACUGCAGGGGGACAGGGUAACUUACAAGUUGGUCCUAACACACCUGGUCAUGGUGCCACUGAGCUGAUUGACGAGAACCUGAGUUACAACCAGGAGGACGAGGAGAACCUAAAGAAACAGCCAGGUGACCUAAUCAUCGGCGACAACAAGUACCAGCGGGACAUGGACAAUAAGCUUUGGGAGGAGAAAGUGGAGAUCAUGUUGUCUCAGAAAGCAGACGUCGAAAAACAGGAUGGAAAAUAUGAAGCCGAGCAGAAAGGAAAGGAAGAACUUGAAGGUGACAGUCAACAAAAGGAAAAUGGCGGCAAGGAUAGUAAGAGUAAUAAUGGUGUGUUGAUUGAAGAGAAGGAAGCUGCUGAUGACAUUGCUCCAAUACCAACGUUCAGGAUAUCGGAGAUGGUGGGUGGGGAGCAGGGGAUGAGGAAGAUUUCAGAACAGGUCGAGAGGUCUUCGUAUCUGAAAAAGUUAGGAACAAUCAGUACUGACAGAAAUAGGGAAGAUGGGAGUGAGGAGAAGGAAUCCUUGAAGCAGAAGGACACUUCAGUGUUGAUACACUUACCACAGCAUAAUCAAACUCAUGGUGACGGUGCUACACAAAAACUUGUUCUGGCUGAUCAGGUGGACCAGGUUCAUAUAUCUGAUAAUAACGCUAGACAGGUAGAUGAUAUUGUAGGAGAAAAAGUGGUAGAUAAAAAAUUAGUUAGAAAUGUGACUAUAGAUGUUGACGAUGACCAUUUGGAUGACAAUGGGUGCAAUAUCAACGACAACCUCCCAGAUGUGACCUUCCCAGUGAGCCGUGCGCCUCUCACGUUUGCCUUGCAGACGGAUGAUAAAACUCACACUGCUGCAGAUGACAAUGCAGACGAAAUGGCGACUCGAGCUGCUCCGUUUACAGUUGCCAGUCAGUGGAUAGGUAUGUCGGCUUUCGGCUCGAGUGGCGAGGAGAGUGACGAUGACCAGUCGGAGGAGGAGAGCGCUGCCCGGGGAGGGGAGGUGAAACUCAGGUGGCCAAAGGGGCGGUCGAAAAGAGGCCAGACAAACACUCUUGCAGAUGGGGAUGACAUGAACUAUGAUAGUGUCGCCAGGAAUUCAUUGGUCUUCCUGGAUGAUAAGGAGUCGAAAGAUGCGUGCCGUGGUUCGCUGGUUUUUGAUGAGGAAGAAGAUGAGGACUUUUUUGCUCAACUUAAACAGCAAGGUGUUCAGGCAGAUGAUCACGAAGGGAAAGCAUUGCCAAAAUCUCAAGGUGUGUUUGGUUCGGGAAGUCUGCAGAGACUCAGCAGUUUUGAGAAUAAAGACGAUAUAAACAGCAAUAAGCAGAGUAACUUCUCUAGUCCAAGAAAAAUGCCGGAAAAACUGGCCAAAGAUAUAGGCAAUCGGAUCGGAUCCCCACUCAAACAAGGCCCUGGUAGUCCAUCUAAGCUUUUGUUUAAAGGUCGAGAAUUGUCCAGUGACGACAAAAAAUCGGGUAAAGUGCAUUCAAAACUUGUUGCAACAGGUAAACCACCUCCAUAUCAGGGUUCAAAGAAGGACAAGAAUAUGGAAGAAAAAUUUAAAUACUCGACUCAAGCAGAUAGUAAUUCUAGAGACUUGGAUGAUGUCCUGAAGAUGAGAGACAAUGUCCAUGGAUCCCGAGAUGGGUUGGCUGAUAAGUAUCAGUUGGAGGAUGUGAAGGAAGUUGUAAACCGAGAGAUAAGCACUGAGGCGGUGGACAUUUUGCAUCCUCACCUAAAUUCAAAUAUCAAUAGUGCUUUCUCAAGCCACGCUUAUAGAUCUCCCCGUGCUUCUGAUGCUCUAUGCAAUGAAAAUAAAAUGCCAAGCACUGGUUCCGCUGAGGAUAGACAAAGCAAACAAUCUGGCUUGUCUAUGCGACAAUCUCCCGCCAAAAGACGAUCAGCUUCAGCACCACGUCUAGACUAUAUAUCCCAUGAUGCCACAGAUGCUUUGCGCAGCGUCACGCCUCUACAGCUUGACGCUGACAACCGUGUCCCAAAACCACCUCCAGGGAUGGCCCCCAAGAAUGCCGUCGUGACCGCAAGAAGUGAUGUGGAUGAUGAAGAGGAGGGGACAGUUACAGCAUCUGGGUAACAGCAGGGCAACAGACCACUAGAGUAACAUCGUCAGGGAUGUAACUUUGAAGUAACGUCGGCAAAGAUUUAACACUGGCGUAACGUCAUAGGAGAUGUAUCUUUGAGAUAGCAAUCUCUGAUCGAUGUAACAUUAAUGUCUUGAAGAUGUCCAGCGUGAGAAGAAUUGACAACUGAACCACAUAAACAACCAGAAGCUCCUGACAGGGUUGAAUUCAACUCCAGACUGGGUUCAGGAGUUCCAUGUCUGCUGCAUUGUUUUGAUGACAAUAUUUUGUUUGAAAGAGUGGUAUGUUUGAGAAAAACAUUUUUUUGCAAUAGGGUGACAUAUGUAAAUUGUUUUGAAAUUUGGAUCAAAUUGUAUUGUUUCAUAUGUUUAAAGUUUAUUUAUUGUCAAAAUCUUGGCUCCUUCCCAAUCAAAUCUGGCUUAGUUUGAUGAGUCAGUAUUAUCUAAAAUUGAAUUUCAAUCUGGCUGCAUUUUUAGUGUUCGUUUUUUUAAAAUCAAAAUUAGUGCACAGAUGUGAAUGAUAAACAAAAUCUGUAGCUUCAAGUCAAAUGGAGUGUUAUUUUUCCAUCUCGAGUUGAAAACAUCAAUUGUGAUCUCUUGCGGAUAAUAAUUGCAAGAUGACAUAUGAACUGCUGUUGCUUGUGUCUUCAAUCACUGCUGCUGCCACCAUCAUGCCUGCCCCUCCACUGCUUGUGUCAUAUCCACCACUAGGCUAUAUGUCUCAUAGCAACAUGCCUGGUGUACACGCUGGGCUGUCAUUGGUCGUUAGCUCUCAUGUAGCUUGUAUAGUCAUCAAAAUGCAGUGGUUAAAAAAUAUUAACCUCAUUCAUGACUGACUCUUGAAAAAGCAGCUCUGACUUGAUUUUAAAAAGAAAACAAUCACAGGUCGGAUGUAAAUAAGUUUUGAACAUCUGACUUGGUAUGAUAAUAACAUUUUUAUUGCUUAACACAUAGAAAAAUCUUACUGGACAUCUUCUGUUCUUUAGUCAAACAUUUUGACAAUUUUUAUAUAAAAUGUGAUUAUGAUAUAUUUAAUUGAUUUGCAUAAUGUAUUUUGUUUGUAAAAUAUUCCAAUAGCAUAAUGAGUCUAAAACUUAAGGAAAAUGUUUUUGAAUUGCUGCAUUGGCCUGUAUACUCUCCUGCACCGUAGUUUGUUCGGUCUGUAGGUCCCUUGCACUGUGCUCUUGUUGGUCAGUUAGUUCUAGUGCACUGUGCUCUCAUUGGUCUGUUAACUCUUGUAAAAUGAGCUCACAUUGGUCGUUUAGCUUUCAGAUACACAUAGUCUCAAUUAAUAAUCUUGUCAAUCUCAUUGGUCUGUUUGCAUUCGAACAAACUACAGUCUCAUUGGUUGAAAGUGUAUCCCUGUCUGUUUUGUUACAUCUUAAUGGAUUUAUUACGUUCCAUGUUGAUAUGAAUUGUUUUCUGUUGUUAUAUCUAGCCACAUUGGUUCAUGAUGUGAUAAAUGUUAAGCAAAAUUCUGCCUUAUAGUCAGCAAUAUGUUGUGCCAAAGCUAUAGUCUGUUGGCCAGAACCCGUUGUCGGUUUCCUGUUUUGUUAAUACAUUUCAAGAUUUUAUAAAGUUUCUGUUCAUUUGUUAUGGCUGUCUUUAGUUGAGAUGACUUAGAGAAACAUUCAUUAGCUUGGUUCUUCCCCCGGUAACUCCAGUGUGUAUCAGUGAUUUGUCAUGAAUGAUAACUAUUAUGCUUGAUCAGAGAGGUGUCAUUAUUAUUUUGUUUGUUUUUUGAAAAUUGAUUUUUAUUGACUUUAUUUUGUGUUCACAUUCAGACAUUACAAACCAAUGUACAUGAAUUGUUUUGGUAUGUACCUGUGAUACAGGCUUGAUGAAGUAAGCACCUCUGUGUGAUUAUGUGUAAUACAAGUAAGUCAUUUCCUAUGUUGUGGAAUAAAUCAUUACUCAGAUGAUAGCUUUCUGUUUAAUGAAUACUAAGCCUGGAAAGAUUGCAAAGUGCAGUUGACUAAACACACAAUGUUUCAAUUUUAUGCAGAUUUGUAGAUCUUAUCGAUAGAGACUCAAAUAGUACAGAAUUGCUAGUAGCCCAAUCAUCUUCGACACAGCAAUUCGCUAUGCAGAGUUGUGGCCCUUGGGUAUGCCAGACACCUGUUGGUGUUGGUUCCAAAUGUGUUGUGCCUGGUCAUGCUUAAAGUUUGUAAGCGCAUGUUCGUGGGUUUUAUUGAAACAUGGUAAACAUCUGAUACCUUCAUCAAUUUGGACAUUCUCCCAGUUGUCAUGUCGUGAGAUAACUCAAUUACUAUUCAAAGAAUCAUCAAACUAACACUUAGCUUUUUGCUUAGUUUAAAGUUUGUGACAAUGUUGUUGGUAUGUGAUGAAAUUCAGUGCUUGUUCAGUAUGGUUAGAUAGAACAUGAAGGUGCUUACUUCAUCAGAAAGUUUGUGUCCGUGAUCAGUUCCCUUGGAAACCACCUCUAACUCAAAAGGUCAACAAGUUUUAGAAAGAACUGUCUUAUUACAUGUGCACAUGGGGACUCUCCUUUGAUGCAAUAGGGAGGAAAAUCCAGAAAUGGUAUCCAUCUGUGAUAGUAUAACUUUUAUAGGAUUAGUAUUGUUUUAUAAGAAAAGUGGAUUUGUUUUAUUGAGAAAUUUCACUCUUGGUUACGUCACAACCUUCAGUUGUUCCUGAAUGUUUUUGUCACAUUGAUUCGCUUCAUGUCUCAUUCUUCAUAUGUAUUGGCAUUACAUCGUGUUUGAACUCAUGUCCAUGCCUAAACUUUGCAUCGUCAUCACUGAUGUUUGGCCACAGUUGUAAGGAGCUGACGAAGGAAAGGAAAUUAACAUUUACGUGUACAGUAUCCGAAAGUACUCACAUCUACAGAUUCUGUAAAAUCUUUGAAAUUUUUUGGUCAAUCAGAAUGUACACAAUUGUUCCUCACGUCGUCAUAUGAGCCGAAAUAUUCUCAAGCACGACGUUAAACCCAAUUUCACCUCACAAUUGUUCCUAGCAAAGGUUAUAUUCAGACUAUAAUUCGUACUGUUUGUGGUUAGGCUUUGUAAUAUGUCAGGAAUUCUGAAUGUAAUUUUCCUUUGAAAAGUUAUUGCAUCAGUCAUGUGUAAUCCGUAUGUAUUUAAAAAUCAAAAUGUAGCAUUGUACCAAAUAUUUUGGGUUUGAUCAUAGCAUUGUACCAAAUACUAUCAUGAUCAUCAUUGAGCAUCAGUUUGAUCAACUUGUCCAUUGUCAAAAUGGCAGAUUUUCCUCUGGUUGUGUUCUCUGGUCCAAGAUGACCUUGUAAACAUUGCACUCAGAACUCUGUUUUGUCCCAGUAACUUCCUGUUUGCUCACGCCAUGGCCCCCUGGGAAGGCUCCACAUGUACAGAUGUAAAUAUUCCAAUUUCCCCAUGUGCUGGCAUAGGCGUCUCACAGCUAGUAGCAAGUAGAGGACUGCAAAUUUCACCAUCAUUAAUUGACACCAUUUUGAAUGAACACUGUCUCUUCUUGCCAUAUUUCCGGUGAGGAUUACGUCAAAUAAUGACAACGUGCUGAUAUCCUGUAUAAAUAUUCAGAGCUCUUAUUGAUUAUUCAAACUAUUUUUUGGUUUAUUGCAGUGAAUAAUUAA